CUUAAAAAACACUCCCACGGGCUGCAAGGGUUUACAACACUUCAACUAAACGUCCCUCCGUUGAAUUGUUUUCAGGUUUCGCUCAAAAUCAGAACCAGUUAAUUUUCAAGCAGCUGUUUGAUUCCUAUUUCUUCGCUAGUAGGCCAAUAAGGUGUAGCAAUGGCAUCCCCAUCGGACGUAGUACAACAAGGGAAGAUACAAAUAUAUUCACCUUCUAAUGAUGAAGUAUCUGCUUUCUGGAGAGAUAAGUAUGAAAAAGAUGCAAAGAAAUACUGGGAUAUCUUUUACAAGCGCCAUCAAGACAAGUUCUUUAAGGAUCGUCAUUAUUUGGAGAAGGAAUGGGGGCACCACUUCUCUGAAGAAGGAACAAAGGCUAUUCUAGAGGUCGGUUGUGGAGCUGGAAAUACUAUCUUUCCCUUGCUUGCAGCAUACCCGGAUAUAUUCGUACAUGCUUGUGAUUUUUCACCGCGUGCUGUCAAUUUGGUUAAGAUGCACAAGGACUUCACAGAGGCCAGAGUCAAUGCAUUUGUUUCUGAUCUUACCAUAGAUGAUCUGAGUGUGCAACUUGCUCCUUCUUCAGUGGACAUCGUAACUAUGAUGUUCGUUUUAUCUGCAGUGUCGCCAGAGAAAAUGCCUACAGUAGUACAAAAUAUCAGAAAAGUUCUCAAGCCAAAUGGUCGUAUACUGUUUCGUGAUUAUGCAAUUGGUGAUCUAGCUCAGGAGCGCUUCACUGGCAAGGAACAAAAGAUCAGCGAGAACUUCUACGUUAGGGGUGAUGGGACUCGAGCAUUCUACUUCGCAGACGAGUUCUUAAGAAAUCUUUUUGAAGAAAAUGGAUUUAGUAUGGUAGAACAUGUCUUGUGCUGCAAACAAGUGGAAAACAGAUCAAGAGAGCUUGUAAUGAAUCGGCGGUGGGUUCAAGCCGUAUUUCAGUUAGCCGACACUAAAUGCAUUUCUGGUGCCAAGACUAAAGAUGAAUCAGUACAUCUACAAGAGGGUUGUGAAAGAAAAGACGAUGUUAAUGGAUUUGAAAUCGAUAUAUCAGAUGGAGUGGCUGUAGAAAUGUUCGGUAUUUCAUCUUCGAGUGAAGAGAUUAUAGAGAUUUCUAUAAGGGAUUACUUCUUCAAGAUCAAAGUCCUAUCAAAAGAGUAUCAACAUACCUGCCCAUCAACCGGUUUGAUGCUCUGGGAAUCUGCAAGGCUAAUGGCUUCCGUCCUUGCAGCCAAUCAAGAAAUCACUUCCGGAAAAAGGGUUUUAGAACUCGGAUGUGGAUGCGCAGGAGUCUGUUCAAUGAUAGCCGUCGGAUCGGCCAAUCUAGUGGUAGCCACCGACGGAGACACAAAAGCCCUCGAUUUGCUGACCCAAAACGUAGCUUCAAAUGUCAAACCACAGUUUCUCGAUUCUUUGCACGUGAAGAGACUCGAGUGGGGGAAUGAAGAAGAUACAGAGGCCAUCAAGAAACUGAGCGAUAUAGGUUUUGACAUCAUAAUUGGCACGGAUGUGACUUACGUAAAGGAGGCAAUUAUACCGUUAUUUGCUACCGCCAGAGCAUUGAUAUCGACCGGUGUAUCUGGAGAAAGUAUCAAAGACCGAGGUUUGAUUCUGUGCCAUGUUUUGCGGAGAGUUGACGAGGCUUGUAUACUCUCGGCUGCAGCUCGAUAUGGAUUCAAACUGGUGGAGAGGUGGCCGGAAUCUGACGAGACCUCAAAUAGCUCUUAUGGAGGAGGCAUCAUCAAGAAUUGGUUAUCUAAUUGCCAAUAUGAAGUUCCAACCACAGCACUUAAUAUUAUGUACUUUCACAUUGCUUAGGUGAUUGAUUUUUUUCGCACUUCGAUACUACAUCGUGAUGCGCGCGCGCGUCUUCGUCUUCGUGUAUUUUUUUUUCCUUUUUUGUUUUUUUCGAACUCGAAACUAAAAAUGUUGAAAUAGAAAUUUCAAUUACUGACGUGGCAUAAUACCAAAAUUGCCACAAAAA